ACAAAGCCCUCACGUUGUCACUCCCAGGAGAGCAGCUCUCUGAGGAGGCAGCAGCUCUCUCACGAGGCAGCAGCUUCUCUGGAGGAAGCAGCUCUCUGGGUGCCCUUGGCCAGUGUUCAUCAGAGCACUGCCAAGAUGUCAAAGAGACAGGACGAGAACGUCCAAUUCCAGCCCCGUGAGGGGCAGCGAUUGCUGUCCAAGCGGCAACAGGUGCCUCAGAGGCCGCCGCAGGCAGCAGCAGAGGUCACAUGGGUGACCAUCGUGCCCCUCCACGGGGACAGACUCACAGGACACCUCACACAGGUGACACAGAACACCUCGUGGAGGUGUCCUCAGAAGGACAGCCUGGAGGGCAGGUAUUCACUGCUCCGCAGCGGCACAGUCACACGGCCAAAGAGGUUGUCCGUGUCAGACUUGCCGCCACUCCAUGGCCCUCCAUUGACAGUGACACCUCCGUGCCGGCUCAGCUCUGAAAUGCCAAGAGCAGCCUCAGCAAGGGUCAAGCUGCCCCCUCUGCCAGCAGCCCCAGCAGCCUCUGGGGCUUAUCCCAGAGGCAGAGCAUGGUCCAUGGGCCCUGUGGCCAGCAGCCACCGAGAGCUUGUGCCACCUUCUCGGUGGGGCACUGUGGCUGCUCACAGGGCCCGGGGAACACCUUCCCUGGACAGCUCAGCUGAAAGGCUCUGGCGAGGGUCAGCGGCAAGGCAGGGCCAUCACCUGCCACCCCUGCGACGUGCAGGGGGCAUGCUGCUCCGCACAGGGACCCAGCCUGACUGGAAACACCUGGGGCACAGCGAGAUGGAGGAGCUCAUUGAGGUGCAGGAACAGCACAGUGGCAACAUCUAUGCAGACCUGCUUAGAAGCCUUGCCCUGUGCCUGUAUGAAGACACAUCUACCAGGUCUACCUGCACCCAGGCGCAGUCAAGUGUCUGCCAGGAUGUACAUUCACAGCACCAGGUGGUGCCCAGUGCUCCUGGCUUGACCAAACAUGCCAUAGGAGAGACGGGAAAAUUCUCUAAGCUCCUGUCUCCUGCCCAGGUGUCAGAGCAGCAGUCUGUCUCUGACAACUCCCAGUCCUGGGACACUCCUCCAAAGGAGCCAAACUGGCAGGAGGAAGAGCUCCCAGUAACAGAGGCUGCAGGAGACAAGGCCAGCGACCCACAGGGCACGUUGCUUGCCCUAUUGAAAGAGAAAGAGGGAGAGCCAGGAUCUUCUACCCGGGACAAAGAUCCCUGGGAUGAGGGGAACAGCAAGCUUUUGCCCACAUCAGAGCCUGAGGUAAGCUCAGACUUCACAGCCUCUCCCUCAUCUGGACGCCACUGUGAAGAGAGGGGAGCUCAUCAGCUGCCCGAGCACACUGCACAUGGCAAGCUGCUGUGCACGGGGCCUGAGGAUGCUUCAAAGCAUCCUCUGAAUAUCGAUGCAGAGGAGCUGGAGAAGUUGGAGGAAGACAUCCUCUCCUCCCUGCAUCAAGAAAGCCCCUCGGUGCCACACAGUCUUUGUGGCUGGAGCAAAGACUCUGUAGGAGAGACCGAAAACUACACACAGCUCGUGCCCCCUGACCGGUAUGAAGAGCUGUGGUCUCUCUUAAACAACAAGGACGCCCCAUCCAGGGACGCUCGGCUAGACCAGCUACUGGCCAAGUGGGAGGAAGAAGAGCUCCAUGACACAGACACUGCUGGAGAGAGGGACAGCGAGUCACAGAGCUCGUUGUCUCUCCCACUGCAAGAUGCGGGAGCAGAGCCAGAAGCUUUUCCCCUGCACAGCGAUCCCUGCGAUGAGGAGCACAGGCAGCAUCUCCCCAUGGCACUGCCGGAACACACAAAGAUGUUUGCGGUUUGUGCCUCGCCUGCUGAUCCUGCGGAGGAGGCCGACGCAGCAUGGCUUGAGGCUGGCUGUGCCCAGGCCGCCCCUCCCCAGGAAGAGCCCCACAGGGCUGGGGAGCCGGCAGGGGCUUGCCCGCUGCCUGCCCAGCCCCUGGCACGCAGCGCUCCUGCUUGCCCCGCCGGCAGCGCAGCCGUCCCGCAGCCCCCGGCCCCACGGCCAUGGCGCUCCAUCGCCAAGACGGCCCGGCGGGCUCUGCGCCGGCUCUUCUCCUUCAGCUGCCUCAGGGGGCAGCGAGAGGACUGAGCCCAGAGCCAGAACCAGGCGGAUCCCUAGAGAUGACUGCUGACCCUGAGACCAUCACCUGCCCAAGGUAGGUCCUGGCGCCGGUGCCAGCCCAGUACUUAGAAGAAAAGAGCAAGGGAGCCUGGUCAGCGACAGCCGCUUGAGGAAGGAUGACAGCACUGCCUUGGAAAACCCGAUACAAGCUGAUUGUUGGCCCGUGCUGCAUUGUGGGGGUGCAUUCCCACCCAGCCCUCAGGCCGCUUUAGGAGCUGAGAAAUUAUCCUUGGGCCUCAGCAUUGCAGGCAAAGGUAGGUAUUCCCCUCCUCCUUUCACAUGGAAAAGAAGAAAAUGCCUCCAUGGAUACCUGCAGCACGGGCUGCAGGAAAUUGUUAACCCCAGAAGAACGACUUCAGCCCCCACCUCCACAUGAACCACGGAGCCUCCCAGUGCAGACAAGCACUUGGGGAGGAAGGACCAAUGGGACACUGCUGGAACCAAGCACAUCGGACUGUCUUCUGUCUUAUUUGUCUCCAAUUCCCCUCGGCCCCCACUUCCCUUCUCACCCUCCUCUUCUUUAUUCCUUUCUAUCUCUCUUCCUCCCAUUUAUUAUUAAAUCAAAUCCCUGUUGUUGACUUUGGAA